UCUCCGAUUAGCGUUAAAGAGAGAUAAGCGCCGUUCUAUAAAUAUGCUAGCCUGUAAGACACUUGCCAUUCAGUGCUCUGAUCAGAUCGUAUCAGCACGUUCAACAAACAUGAUGUUCAUACUGGUGUCUAUAGCAGCGUGCAUCGCCGCAUUGUACUACUACUUCACCAGGACAUUUGAUUACUGGAAGAAAAAAAAUGUCGUCGGACCCAAACCGCUGCCAUUCUUCGGUAAUCUUAAGGAUUCAUUUCUAAGAAAGAAAACCUUGAUAGUCGUCCAAAAAAGCAUCUACGACGCCUAUCCUGAAGAAAAAGUGGUCGGAAUCUACAGAAUGACAACGCCAACUCUAAUGUUGCGGGACUUGGACAUCAUCAAACAUGUUUUAGUUAAAGACUUCGAACAAUUCAUCGACAGGGGAGUGGAGUUCAGCGACAAAGGUAUGGGAGCUAACUUAUUCCACGCCGACGGCGAAAGGUGGAGAGUCCUGAGAGGACACUUCACUCCAGUAUUCACGUCAGGGAAACUCAAAAACAUGUUGUACCUGAUGACGGCGCGAGCGGACAAAUUCAUCCAGCACAUCGACACCAUUACCCAGCAGCAAUCGGAGCAGUCUCUGCAUCAGCUCUUCCAGAAGUACACAAUGUCGGUGAUCAGCGCUUGCGCUUUCGGUGUCGAUCUUGACGACAAAAUGAUGGACACUUUGGAAAAAAUGGACAAACUUAUUUUCUCUGCAAACUACAGUAUCGAAUUGGAUAUGAUGUAUCCUGGUAUAUUGAAGAAGUUCAACGGCUCCCUGGUGCCGCGCUACGUGACUAAGUUCUUUGAAAACCUCGUGAAACAAGUUAUAAAACAAAGAGGUGGACGACCGACAGGAAGGAAAGAUUUUAUGGAUCUCAUUCUAGAAUUGAGACAGCAGAAAACAAUCGAAGGUCGGAAGAGAUUCGAAAACGAAAACCAACCGACAUUGGAACUGACCGACAGCAUUAUCGCUGCUCAGGCGUUUAUAUUCUACGGAGCCGGAUACGAGUCGAGCGCAUCCACGAUGGCGUUCAUGUUGUACGAGAUGGCAAGGAACCCGGACAUACAGGACAAGGUCAUCAAAGAGAUCGAUGAUGUCCUCAAGCGAAACAAUGGCGAGGUGAGCUACGAGUGCCUGAACGAGAUGACGUACUUGCAUCAGGUGUUCGAUGAAACGUUGAGGAUGUACCCGUUGGCGGAUCUGAUCCAGCGCGUCACCCACACAGAGUACAAGUUGCCGGGCACAGACAUCACGCUGGAGAAGGGCAGACCGGUGAUCAUCAGCGCGUGGGGCAUCCAACACGACCCUAAAUACUACCCAGACCCGGAAAGAUUCGACCCGGAACGCUUCAGUGCGGAAAAUGUGAAAAACCGACACCCCUGCGCUUACUUACCUUUCGGAGCUGGUCCAAGGAAUUGCAUAGGUAUGCGCUUCGCUAAAACACAAUCAAGAGUUGGAAUGGCGAAAUUCUUUUCCAAAUUCCGCGUCGAGCCCUCGAAGAAGACUGCUACGAAUUUUACAUACGACCCGAUGCGUGUAUUCCUCUUGCCAGAAGAAGGUAUCUACGUUAAUAUUGUGCCACGUUAACAAAAAAACACUGAAUUUGUAUCUUAUUAUUAUUAUCAUUUUUUAUGUAUAGGGCGUCUUUAAAGCAUGUUAAUAAAUAUGGUAUCCGGGUGUGACAUCAA